CGCCCAUCAGCGCGUUCCCUGCGAGUUUCACCCUGUCUUUCCACAUUCGUCAUCAUCGCUCCUUUCACUGUUACAGAGCUGACGGCGGACGUCGAAUCGCCAGCGAGACUGAAGCAACGCUGCGACUCGCGAGCGUCGUUUCCGUGCGCUCUCACAGGUGUUUUUCCACCUGAGCCCUUCGUUGAGCAAUUCUACGAGUUGCAACAACUAACGCACAGGAAAAAUGGCAGACGACGACGGUGAUGGAGGAAUGCAGGACUAUCGCGACGAGGUGAACGACAUGCCCGAGGGAAAUGAUGGCAUCGACGCGAUGGAUGAGCCCGACUUUGGUGACGAGGAGGACCCGAAUGAGGAGGAAGAGAAGGAGCGGAUAACAACGCGCACGCUGACCAAGUACGAACGAGCGAGAAUAUUGGGGACUAGAGCAUUGCAACUGAGCAUGGGGGCGCCGCCCAUGGUGGAGAUUCAACCCGGUGAGACGGACCCGCUCGUGAUUGCCAAGCGCGAGCUGCAGGAAAAGAAGAUCCCCAUCACGAUUCGACGCUUCCUCCCGGACGGUUCGUACGAGGACUGGCCGCUCGAUGAUUUGACAAUUCCGAGCAUGGGGCAAGCGCCAUGAACAUAAACGUCCUCCGCUGCCUACGCGUUCCCCGUUCUUUUCUCAGUCAGAUGCGUAUCAACACGAGCACCACACCGGACAGAAUUUGAACAAACAGACGUAAACAUGUCCCUGUCGAGCGGCA